AUAAUGACAUUAUUUUAUUACACAACUCACAAGGUUGAAGCAUGAACUCGGAAAUCGGAGUUCCAAAGAAUUUUAUUUAUUGGUUUAUGUGCGAUUAAAUUAUUAUUAUUUCCUCGAAGUGUACAAUUUAGCCGUGUAUAUUCCUAUUUGACUCCACUUUUCAAUAAGUCGUUAUCUGUUAGUAUCGUAGUAUAUAUGUUGACACUUUCUUUAAUUAUUAAAUAGAUAAAUAAUGAUUUUCUACAAAUAACUGAAGGUGAAAAUAAAAUUAUUAAAACCAAGAAAAUCAGGAAAAUGUCUAAUGCAGAUGCUCAGGACCGAUUAAAACUAUAUAAAUUCACAAAAAUAUUGACUUUAAAAAUUGCGCAAAUUGUAGUUCAAAGUCGACAAGGAAGAAAAAUCGUUCAUCUGUACAACACUACAAAAUCAUCAGAUGAUAAUGUAAUAUGUGAUACAACAGGUACACCGAAUAAUUUACAAUGGUUUAAUCUUUCAAUACCAGACGUACCAGAUGUAAACAGUGAUACGAAACGUGUUCUAAAUGGUGAGGUCAUACAAGCACUCUCAAAUGUCCUCUGUAUUGAAAUAUCCUUACAUACAAAUGAUGGAGACGACAUGGUGUUGGAGUUUUGGACUGUAAAAAUAGGUCCUCUUCAUGAUUCAAGCAUUACUUCCAUAUCCACUAUAUACUAUAGAAUGAGUAUAAUGUUAAAAUCAACCUUGAGCAUAUCCAGAAUAACACCAGCAUAUAAAAUGUCUCGCUUGCAAAACAAAGAUUGCUAUCAAAUCUCACAUAAGAUAUAUGGUGGCCAGCCAAAUUUGGACCUUCUUGGUAAGAAGCAUAAAAAUAUAAAGGUGGGUGAAUUACACAUGCCAAUAGGUACUAUUGAAGUUGAGGUUUCAUAUAGAACUGAAAUGACAAUUUUGCCGGAACCUAGAAGUAGGGUACCAAGCUAUGGUGAAGUUCAUAAUAUAUCCAAUAGUGACAUAAUGGUCAAAAGUGACCAUUUUCCAAAGGAAAUUCCUAGGAAAACCCACAGUGACAAGAAAAAAGUUGACCUUACAAAACCUUUAACAGCUGGUGCCUUUGUAGAUACAAUAAAACUAAAAGAAUUACAGGAUGCAUUAUAUCAACAAUUACCAGCCGCACCACCUAUGGAGUGGCUAUUAGCCGAAAAAGAUAAAAUGGAAAAAAAGAUGAAAUUGCCAAUGGCUGAUGCUCUCUCGAAGCCUGGUCCAAGUUCUGAAGCCAAACCUGGAUUAGCUCCAGAUGCAAGCAAAGCUGUAGACGUGCCUAAAUGCAAGGAUAACAAAUAUGCCAGCCUUAUGGAAUUCCCAUUUGCUGAUGGCAGCCCAAUAACCGAACUGGCCAAUUUCUACCAAGAAUGUUUACAAGCGCGUUCAGCCAGCGAGGCGUGGACGAAUGAAUCCAUAUCAACCGAUUCAGAGAACCUUUCACAACAACUGAAAAUGUAUGAAGAGGCAGUGCCCGAGUUUGACAGCAUGGUAGAGUCUAUGUUCAGUAAUACGGAAUACGGGUCAGAUCACUCCUAAAAAUAUAUAUUUAAUUAGUACAUUGUAUGGUAGCUUCAGCUCGAUAGUAGUCGGUGCGGAAGAGUACAUCAGCAUUACUAAAUUAUCGUUAUUGUUGUUGACAAUACUUACGUCAUUAUAGUUAGACAGUCUUGAAAAUAAUAAUUAUGGUUAGUUCGCAUAAUCACUAUGUGGAUUUACUUUUCGCAGAUAUAACAGAAGAGUUUUACCUACUUGUUCUUUUUCAUAAAAAGUGAACUUAAUAAAAAUAAAAUAUAACUAAUUUUUAUUUCUAGUGAAGUAAAAAAGUAAAAGUCUAUAUUCUAUUGAUUUCCGUUUUCAGUUACCCUACUACGUACAUAAAGUACUAAGGCAUCGCCUCGAGGUGGUGUUUGCAAAUCGGCUAUUAUUUUUCUUGUGGCUCUUCUCUAAGAUUUACCAUGAGUUUGGAUCAAAUGCGUAAAAUUCAUAUCGAGGUUAUGUGUGUUGAAUGAUGCAUACAUAAUAUACUACAACAUUUGUAGCAGUUACAGUCAAUAUCUGUUAUAACACAUCGAAUGGGACUACUCAUAUUUGGUCGUACGACCGAUAGUCAAACAGCCGAUGACUUUGUUUUUAAGUACCUAAUACAAUAGAAUUCAGCCGGUAUGUUUUUCUUAACGAUGUCGUCGUAGACAUUUUUGGCUGUAUUUUUUUGUAGACAUUUUAAAUUUUAUCAAACUCAUGAUAGAUUCUCUGGAAUUGUGUUAUUUAUUUUUUCGAUUUUCCCACAUUUCUUUCAAAGAAAAGAGGGUUAAAUGAAGCUAAAAAUCAUAUUAUUGAAUUGAAUGUAUACUAUAUAAGUCUUGAAAGUAAUCAUAAUAUCUUGGCGCCUAUUUGCCACUGUUAAGAAAGGCCUUCAUUUUCUCGACUAUGCAAAGUAGUUUUAGGCCGCCUGCCCGUUAUUUAUUUAGUGCCUAAGUGCGUAACUACGUGCGUUAAGAUAAAGCUGUCUAAUACUGAUCCUUUGCAAAUCAAGGCCUUAGCCUGAUAACUAUUAUAAAUCUAUUCUUGGUGGUACGAACUACGAAUAUCUAAUAUGAAUCGUGUCAGAAAUCGUGUAUAUUCUUAUACAUACAAUUAUGCAAUUUUUAAGACGAUCAAAAUAAUUUUAAUCACGGAUGCUUUGAUAGGAAUUGUUUUAUUUUACAUUCCGUAGUUCAUUAUUUAUUGCGCCAUUUGUCCCAGAGUUAUUUUGAUGGAUAAAUCACAUAUGUAUCAACUGGAGUCACGAGAUACAGCUGUCUUUUAAAAGGUGGAGUAAAUUGCAGUAUGUGUUACCAUAGUUAGCUUUAUUUUGUAUGGAAAUAAUUAGUAACCAUGAUUAUAAACAGUACUCAUUUUACGGUGUAAGACCCUUGUGAUUUCAAGUUCUGAAGAAUUGGAAACCUUUUGAAUCCUAUAAAAGAGUGCAAAUAUAGUAAAAAUUAAUUAAUUGUAACGUAUGGUAAAUAUUUGGUAGUGGCCAAAUAAAAUUAUAUUGUAUGAAUGUUGUCUUGAAAAAUGUAAGUAUGACUCAGAGUUAAAUGACCUAAAUUAACAAUGCCUUCGUAUAUAAAGUUAUUGUUUAAGAUAUAUAAGUUAUCGAUUGAUUUGUUUAGUCAAUGUGCAUUUAAUAUGCAAUGUUAAAUAAUUAUUUAACUAACAAUGUUUAGGCACUAUUGUGUUUAAAUUAAAUCGAAGAGAAAUACCGAUUUAAUUGAUCGAUUCUUUAACUUAUUAUAUCUUGGUGCUUACAUAUUUAUGCUAAGCAUAUGAAUGGAAGAAACUCGUGAGACUGGAAUUGUAUAAUAUAUGUAUGUCUCUUUGUAUCUUAACCACUAAAUGUUGGGCAUAUAAAAUAUAACCUGGAUAAAUAUUACAGCGUUCACGAAUCAUCUAGAUGAACAGAUCAUCAGAUAGAACAGGUGUUAUUUAUAAAUAGUUUUUAUUUAACCCAUUUCUUGGCCACUAUGUUUGUCUUGUGUAAGUUAACAAAAUGCCUAUAUUUCAAGUAACAGUCUUACAACGUUCAUGGUAAUCCCAUGACUUGGAAAAGUUCAAAUAGAUUUAAUAUUAGUGCCUUUCAACAAGGUGAAAGUGCCAAUCACUGUACCUAAUUGUAGAGGGUCAAUCUAGUUUUAGUAGAAAAAAGUUGCAACGUACACGAAUGCACGUUUGGUUUGUACGAAAUGAGAUUAAAUUUGCUCGUUUAGCUUUAUUUAUCGUGUUUGAUGUGUGUAUGAAGGGUAGGUUAGACACACAAAUAUGUCUUUAAUACUCUUAAGAGUACUUAAAACAGAGAGGACAUUUCAUGUGUAAAGUUUAAUUAAGCUAACACGAAGACUGUAAAGUUUUGGCUAAAGCUGUGCUUGUUAAUGUAACGAAAUGUAAGACUAACUAGGCAUUACAUGUACAAAUAGACUAAAGGCGAAAUACAAAAAUUGCAAAAAUUUACAUGAGAAUAUUUAUAUUUCAAUUAUCAAGUUGAUUUAUUACAUUUGAAAGGAUUAUAAAAUAUUAAGUUUGAAUUUACGGCUAAUAUCGCGUUAUUCUAUACAAUGUGGAAUCGAAUAUUGUCAAGUUAAGUGUGUAAUAACUACAUGUUAUACAAUUUAAAUGUCUAAAUAAUGUUACUAGUCAAAAAGUCUAUUGUAAUGGCCAAUUAAAAUGUAUGUUGCUUUUAUAUUUAAGGGUUAUUUUAAUCAGCCCUUAAGAUUUCUAUAUUACCAAUUACUGCAUGAAUGGUUUGUUACUGAUUUAACAACUUACGAGCACCUGAUUGUGAUUUGAUUUUAAAUUAUUAUAUAUCUAUUUUUUAUGCUUCUAUUUAUAAUUUUGCAUGUUUUUUCGGUAAACAAAAUUUACACAUAUUGUUUUUUUAUAUAAAUGUUAACUGAUCGAGUGCCUGCAGUAAAGUAACUAAAACUUUUACAUGCUUAUUCAUAUGACAUUAAAGUUUCUUAUAAGAUUCAAAUAAACUUCAGAAUUUUCAAUGAAUAAACUAGACAAUCAAUUCAUAACAGAAAAAUCUAUGGGGCAUUUAAUUAUAGUUAAUAGGCGAUAGUAAGCCAACAUUGUAUAGGUUUGCUAAUUGAUUUUUUAUUGAUUAUAGUUAAGAAUUUACUGUAUAAUACUUUAUUUUAUUCAAUAUACUCGUGAUUA